UCCUACCUGUGACCAGCCUCUCGAGCCUGCGUCUGGAUAGUAGGAGCCAUCCUCCCAACCAAAGCAGAGAACUACAGAACCCACAAUCCUUUGCUGCAUAACACGACCCACCGAAGUGCGCCUGUCUCUCUCACGUCAGAUCGAAACUGAUUCGUGCAGGAGCUGAACAUGGCGGCACCUGUGAACGCGGCAGUACAACUACAACAACAGCAACAACAACUACUGAACCAAGCUGCAUUGCAGCAAGUGCAACCGGGGCUUCAGGCUACAACUCUCCAGCAGCAGCAACUCAGCCAACAGCAGGAUUUCGAUCCUGUUCACAGGUUCAAAAUGCUGAUCCCACAGCUAAAAGAAAGCCUUCAGAAUGUUAUGAAGAUUGCAUCUCAGAAUCUAGCACACAAUACCACUAUUGACAAUGGCAUCAAGAGCAGCGAUGCUUCAGUCCAGCGGUUUGACAAGAGCUUGGAAGAGUUUUAUGCUCUGUGCGACCAGCUAGAGUUGUGUCUGAGGCUGGCUUACGAGUGUCUCUCCCAGAGCAUCGACAGUGCCAAGCACUCUCCCAACCUGGUGCCCACGGCGACCAAGCCAGAUACAGUGCAGACAGAGAGCCUCUCAUACUCCCAGUACCUGAGUAUGAUCAAAUCCCAGAUCACCUGCGCCAAGGAUAUCCACAACGCCCUGCUGGAGUGUUCCAAGAAGAUCGCAGGCAAGGGGCAACCCCACGGAACCCUGUGACACGCUUUCCAUAGCUGAGACCCUUGCAGGAUGUGCAAUUCACUGUACUCUGCCGAAAGCCCCCCUGCGAUAAUGUUUGUUUCAAGUAUAUUUACACUUAAAGAAGAAGUAUCUUCAAAUAUAAAAUUAUGUAUUUUUGCAACCAUUCCGAUUUGAUUUUGGAUUUUUGGAGUUUCCAUAUUACAUUUAUUUUGUUUUUUUCCCUCUCAGAAUAUGCCUUUAGCUUUGAACUUGUUUUGAGAUGGGUUUUUUUUUGUUUUUAUUUUGGUUUGAGCUUGCCUCGCCUACAUCCUAAGGAGUUUAGGAUUUUGACCCUCAAACCAAAAGUUUAGGAUCACUUAGAAUUUUAGGAUUGAGACAUAAUUAAAACCAAAAAAAAAAAAACAAUUACAAAAACUAUAUGAAUAUAAUUUAGAACUUUUAUUUAUCAUGUAAUCAAAGAAACUACAAAAUGAUAUUGCAAAAGUCUACUGGAAGCCACAAUAGUAGUACAAUAUUUCUUGUAAGAUUUCGAAAAUAUCAAACUUUUCAAGUUUUCAUAAAGUAUAUUUUUUGUUAUGUUGGAUUGAACUGUUUUUUCAACAAAGUAUAAACUAUUAAUGCGACAUUCUGUUUUUAAUAUUGGAACUGCAGUACACCCAUAAACCCACAGUGGGGCAGAAUUGUGUCAAUCUCAAACUUCAUGUCCUGUGGACAGUCAUUGAAGGAGGACGUCACUAGUACACGAGGUGAGCAAUGCUCAUAACCCAUUUCAGUGCUACUGUAUAUAUACUGUCCCUUCUAGUGUGCAGCAAUAAAAAAAUGCAUCCUUUA